AUGGCUGAGAUGGUGGAACAACUCCUGGAUAUUGACGGGACUGGAUGGGACGUCGAUCUUGUUAAAGAUGUGUUCGAAGAAGAGGAUGUUCAACAGAUUUUAAGUGUUCCAGUCAGUAAUCGGGAUGUGAGCGAUAGAUGGUGGUGGAAAUUUGAGCCUAAAGGCAAGUUUUCAGUCAAGAGCUUUUACAAAGCAGUCUGUGGGGAGUUAACUUACCAACCGGAUUCUGUUUGGGGUAAGAUUUGGGGUAUCAAAGCUCCGCUGAAUAUUCGAAGCUUCUUGUGGAGAUUGUGUGCAGGAGUAGAUGUCAAUGGAGGAUCAGGUUUGAGCAUUGUAGAUUGGUGUCGGGACUGGUUGUCUAGACUUGACGACGAAGAAGCUUCUGUUGCAAGCUAUGUGUGCUGGAGUCUGUGGCUUAACCGUAAUUUUGCAGUCUGGAAGAACAAGUUGGGUUCGGCUCAGGAGGUGGUAGAUCAGGCUAACUUUCAACUGGCUUCUUGGAAAGUGGCGAAUUCUAGUUCUGUUCAUCUCAGAACGGCCAAGGUGUUUAAAGAAGAUGGAAGCUCGGUUUGGAAAGCUCCUCCGCGUGGGUGGUUGAAAGUUAACACGGACGCAGUGGUUUAUCCAGGUAGGCAAAGCUUCGGUAUGGGAGUGGUGGUUCGUGAUUGGCUUGGAAACAUUAUCCAGGCACGCUCUCGCUGUUCGUUUGGAUCAUUUUCUCCUAGAAUGGCAGAAAUUAUGGGAGUAAGGGAAGCGUUGAGUUGGCUUAAGGAUUUCGACAAGAUUAUCAUAGAUUCUGAUGCGAUGGAUGUUGUGUUGGAUGUUAGAAAUCCUUCUUGUUCGGAUUCUGACUUAUUAGUCGAGGAUUGUGCUGAGUUAGCGAAGCAGUUUGAUAAUAUUAAGUUUGUUUUUGUGAGACGAUCUGCGAAUCAGGCGGCGCAUGUUCUUGCGCAGUACGCCAGUUCCAUUUUAGGUCUUCAGGGUUGGUUUUAUAACUUUCCUGAGUUUCUCGCUACUGUAACUGUUUCUGAUUUGAUUGAAUAG